GAGGAGGAGGCUGGGCCGGGGCGAGCACCCGGCCGCGCGGCCAUGAUCGUCGUCGUCGUCGUCGUGUUCCGUCCCCCUUUCAAUGGCGUGGCGUGGUGUGCUGCUGCCCCUGUGCUGCUGCUGCGGCCUCUUCUAGCUUCCUCCUUCCUCCCUCCUCCUCUUCGACACUCAGGGGCCUUCGUGAUCGUCAAGACCACAGCAUUUUUCCAUCACUCCCCGCGCCCUGGUCUACGAAUCUAACAAUCGCAGGUUUUCUGAACCUUGGAGUAUCUGCUCUCUGGAUUUGGUGGCUUCGAGUUUUCUCCAGCAUUGCAAUCUCGGACUUCGCUGUUCGAAGAUCGGACUAUAUGGGACAGAAUCGUAAUCACAGUAGCAGCCACACUGUGGGAGUAUCAGAUGAUAGAGAUGCAGUGAUGGCCCGCUGGUUACAGUCAGCUGGGCUCCAGCAUUUGGCAGCUCCUUUGUCGGCGGCGGCCGUUGAUCACCAGCUACUUCCCACUUUGCUUAUGCAGGAUUAUGCCAGAUAUGGAGUACAAUCGUUAGAAGACAAACAGAAGUUGUUCAGAUUAAUUAAGACAAUUAACAGUGGCGAGAGUUCAAUCUCCGAGCCCUCGACUCCCUGUAUUCCUCCUGCUUAUUCUCGUUCAGCGAGUCAAAGCGGGAUGGAAGGUUUUAUGUCCCCGGAGCUGAGGGGCGACUUCAAUUCGGGAAUAUUAGAUUUGCAUUCCAUCGAUGACACAGAGUUUUUCCCUGAGAUUACUAUGCCAGACUCGUUUCAAUCGUCACCGUCAUUUGUUCCUGUUAUUGAGAAAGGGUUUGAGUCUGAUGUACUGUCGACCAGCUUUAAAGGCAGGAUGCAAGGAGGACUGAUGGGGAGUAGUCCACUGAGAUCAGUAUCGAAUGAAAGAGACAAGACUGCGAAUGGCAGUAGCCUUGCAAGAAUCAGAGUUGUGGUCCGCAAACGGCCGUUAAAUAAAAAGGAAAUCUCGAGGAAGGAGGAAGACAUCGUCACAAUUAGCGAUACGGACAGUUCUCUCACUGUGAACGAGCCAAAAGUGAAGGUGGAUCUUACUGCUUACACUGAGAGACAUGAAUUUGUUUUCGAUGCUGUUUUGGAUCAACAAGUCAGCAACGAUGAGGUGUAUCGUUCCACUGUGGAACCCAUAGUACCCACCAUCUUUAAUCGCACUAAGGCAACUUGCUUUGCUUAUGGGCAAACAGGAAGUGGAAAGACGUACACGAUGCAGCCUUUGCCUCUAAGAGCUUGUGGAGACAUUAUGGCCAUCAUGCAGCAGCCGAAUUACCGCAAUCAGGGCUUCCAAUUAUGGCUGAGCUUCUUUGAGAUAUAUGGUGGUAAACUUUAUGAUCUCCUCAAUGAAAGGAGGAAGCUUUGCAUGCGCGAGGAUGGCCGCCAACAAGUCUGCAUUGUUGGUUUGAAGGAGUUCCGUGUAUCAGAUGUAGAGUUGGUCAAGGAAUAUAUCGACAAAGGCAAUCAAUCCCGGAGCACUGGUUCCACUGGUGCUAAUGAGGAGUCUUCUAGGUCUCACGCCAUCUUACAGUUGGUUGUCAAAAAAGCUCAGGAAGGAAAGGAAGGAAAGGAAAUCAGUCGAGUAGUUGGAAAAAUUUCGUUCAUCGAUCUUGCUGGCAGUGAGCGUGGUGCUGAUACCACUGAUAAUGACCGCCAGACAAGAAUGGAAGGCGCAGAGAUCAAUAAGAGCUUGCUGGCCUUGAAGGAGUGCAUCAGAGCCCUUGACAAUGAGCAAAAUCAUAUUCCUUUUCGUGGAAGCAAGCUGACGGAGGUCCUUCGUGAUUCAUUCGUGGGUGAUUCACGCACAGUAAUGAUCUCAUGUAUUUCCCCAAAUGCAGGGUCUUGUGAGCAUACACUGAACACGCUCAGAUAUGCGGAUAGGGUGAAAGGUCUGUCUAAGAACAACAACUCGAAGAGGGAUGUUGGUUCAGCAACUUCGCUGCUAAGAGAAUCUAACUCCUCUCCUCCUACUUUACUAUCUGGAAAUCAAGUUGCCCCGCAAGUUUCUGAAUUGGGACAAGAUGGUCGGGUAUCAGAAAAUGGUAGACGCCCACCCGUUGAUGCUGGCCGAUACUUGCAGCAGGGUGAGCGGGAGCUAUCCAACCAAUCAAUAGAGUACAGUUACUCUGGCAGAGAGUUCGGUAAGGUAAACCCAGCUGGGAGUGACAGGGAUAAACAAAAUUACCCCGAUAUAAGUGAUUUAAGUGUGAAUGACGCCUAUGGGGCCGACCAACUAGAAGUUGACCGGGCGCAGGAAGUUCGACGCAAAGUUGGCAAGGAAGAAAAGUUCGAUCGUUCGCAAAAUCGUGAUGAGUUGUCUAGAGGUGAUGGACUUUCCAGGCGCCAAGCUGAUUACAGUCGUGAUGAGCCAUCGAAGCCCGAUGGAAAUUCCAGGCGGCAAUUUGAUUAUAUUCGUGAUGAGCUAUCGAAGCCCGAAGGAAAUUCCAGGCGUCAAUUUGAUUAUAGCCGUGAUGAACCAUCGAAGCCCGAUGGAAAUUCCAGGCGUCAAUUUGAAUUUAAUCGUGACGAGACAUCGAAACCUGAUGGAAACUCCAAAAGGUAUUAUGACUACAAUCGCGAGGAGCCUUCAAGGCCUGAUGGAAGUUUGAGGCGUCAGCCUGAUUCCAAUGGAAAUGAAGUGUUAAAGCCGGAUGGAAUCUCAAGACGUCCGUUCGAAAACAACAAGGAAGAAGCAUCAAAGCCCGAUGGAGUCUUAAGGCGCCAAUAUGAAUACAAUAAAGAUGAAGGAUCAAAGCCUGAUGGGAGUUUAAGACGUCAAUUUCAAUAUAAUCGAGAUGAGAUGCCCAAGCCUGAUAGUAAUUCAAGACGGCAAUUUGAGUAUAGUCGGGAUGAGAUUUCAAAGCCGGAUGGCAAUUCUAGACGGCAAUUUGAAUACAAUCGGGAUGAAAUAUCAAAGCCUGAUGGUAAUUCAAGACGGCAAUUUGAGUAUAAUCGGGAUGAGAUGUCAAAGCCUGAUGGGAAUUUAAGGCGUCAAUUUGAGUAUAACCGGGACGAGACAUCACGGCCUGAUGGGAACUUGAGGCGGCCAGUUGAAUAUAAUCGGGAUGAAACAUCUAAGUCUGAAGGUAAUUCUAGACGUCAAGUUGAGUAUUCUAGGGAUGAGGUACCAAAGCCUGAUACAAAUCCAAGGCGCUACUUUGAAAAUUACCGGGAUGACGUAAUAAAAUCUGAUGGAAAUUCCAAGCGCCAUAUGGACCAAACUCCAAAUUCCCUCACCUACUCAAGGAUAGAACCAGAAGUAAAUCCUAUACAGUACAACCGCGAAGGUUAUAUCAAUGCCAUCCUCGAGGAAGAAGACGAGGUUAUAUCAGCCCAUCGGAAGGAGGUGGAAGAUACCAUGGAGAUAGUCCGUGAGGAAAUGAAGCUGCUUGCUGAAGUGGACCAACCUGGCAGCCGGAUAGAUCGAUAUGUGUCUCAAUUAAACUAUGUACUCUCUCGAAAAGCUGCUGGCAUUGUCAAUCUGCAAGCGAGAUUGGCCAGAUUCCAACGACAUCUGAAAGAACAAGAAAUUUUAAGUCGCUCUGGCGGGCUUCGGCAAAUAUAGCUCGUCAGUUGCCACUUUAGGAAGCCCACCUUGUCCUGGGUGGUCUGGUAUACCCUUGGUUCUUUAGAACCCCAGUAAGAGUCUCAAAAGUACAGGUUGUGUGUGCCUGGUUUUUGCUGUCCCUCCCCAGAAGUUAGUCUUCCUCUGGAAGACGUCAGCAUGUUCAGGCUUUGAAGUCGGCCUUCGAAGCAAGGCGUGGUGCUGGCACUUGUUUGUUGUGGGAUGCAGCGAAAGUGAUUGGAAGGUACUAAGGGCCUCAGUUAAGGCUGUCUUAAGGCUUCGGAGUGGUUAUGUAGCCACUGCUCAGGCCACUAUAGCAUCUAAUACCCCUGAAAGUGUUGGUUGAAGCUGCUCGCGACUGCAUCAAGAUUCUUACGUCCAGCCAUGUAGUUUGUACUUGAAAGUAGCGAAAGUUUAUGUGCAUCCUUGUAUCAUACAUUGAAACCUAUGUGCUCAUUUUUCCCUGGAGUUGUCCCGAUUUCUCUUCGACAAUUGUGUUCAUUUGCGAGUCAAUUACUGACUGGUAAAUAAGCUAUUUGUAUUUGACAUAUACGACACCCGAGGCUGUUUCAUGAA